CUUUAUAGAGUAUUAUAUAAAAAUGGAGGAUUAGGAUUAAAUGUUAUUAAAGAGUUUGUAAUUUCAAGGAAUAUAGAUUACAGCAUCAUCUCUCCCUUAAGUAAGAGUUAUUGAUAUAUUUUAUAGUUUACAUGUGAUGAUUUGAUAUCUAUUUUAUUAUAAUUUUUUUAAUUGAGUGGAACUUAAGCACUUGAAAUCAGCUCAAUUAAAUCAAUUAAAAGUACAUUUAGAAAAGCCGGUAAAAUUUAAGAAAUGCUUUAUCCUAUUGGAAUUAGAAUUGAUAUUCAAUCAAUUGUCAAUCCUAAUCCAUAAGAAUCAAGAAAGAUUAUUGUAAGUUUGCUUUCCAAAUUGAGUUAAUAAAAUAAAAAAGAAACUGGAGCCAAAAAUCUAACAUUUGAAGAAAGAUUACAAGAAGAGAAAGUUAAUUAUAGAACAAAUCAAAUAUAGAAUUUUUUUUAAGAAUGGGUUAAUCCAUCAUUGUGUGCUUUUCCAGAAAUUGGAUAAAGAUUUUUAAGAUUGCAUGUUCUUAAUAUUAUAAAUAAAGAACCUUUAAUAAAGUAAGUAGCUAAUAAAGGAGUAAGAAAAUAUUUAUAUUAAUCAAUUGUUCGAGUGAUGGAUCAUCAUAUAUAAAAGAAAGAGGUAGAUUAACCACUCUAAGAAAGAUUAUAAUUAAUUAAGAAAAUGAGAAGAUCUGAUGAUCCUGAAGCUGUUUUAGGAUAAUUUAAGGGUUAAUUCUAAGCUGAAUCAGAAAAGAAUGAUUGGGAGGACAUUUAAAAGGGAAAUAGAUAAUUAAAAAGAGCAAUUAAGUUAUUAAAAGAAGAAGAUAAAGAAGAAGAAUAAGCAAGAAAAUAAAAAGAGGAAGAAAAUCAGGGCUUAUUUAAUCUGGAAAUAUAAUUCUAAGAAGAAGUAAAAGAGAUUUAAUAAGAAAUUUAAGUUACUUAAGAUGCUAAAUCAGAGAUUACUACAUUACUUGAUGAUAUCUAAGCUAAAUUGGUUGAACAAUAAAAAAUUUAUGAUAAAUUAUAAAAAAAAAAAUUAAAAUUAGAAGAUGUCAAUUAGAAAUAGUAAGAUGUUUAUUCUUAAAUUCAAUAAGAUAAUAAAGAAAAGUAAUAAGAAUUAGAAAAUACUCAUUCUAUUUUAUAAUAAAUUGAGUCUAAAAAAGGUAAUGAUCCAGAAAUUUAAUAACUUGAAUAAGAAAUUGAAAAUAUUAAGAUAGAAUGGGAAAAAGAAAAAAUAAUAUAACAAAAUGAGGCAGAUGAAUUGGCACAAUAAGUUUAAGAUAGAAGAUUAAAACUUGAGUAGAUAUAAGAUAAAAUGAGAAGGUUAUAAGAAGAAAACUAAAUGAUCAGAAAUUAGGGAAGAGUUAAUUUAGAAUAUAAGGAAAAAUUAUUAGUUGAAUUACAAAAUUAGCCGAAAGAAAUUGCAAGAAAUCAAUAUAUCAAAAAAAUUGUGGAUUUGAAAAGUCAAUUAGAAAAAUAAAAAGCAGAAUAUUUAAAAUAAGCCAAAGAGCUAUCUUAAUUAGAAGAUUCACUAUAAUUUUAAGAUAAUAUGAUAAAUAGAUAUUGUGUUGAAAUAGAGAAUCUUAUUAAUUAAGAUCCAAAGAGAACUGAAACAGUUGUUAAAUAAAUCUAAAAACAAUAUUAAGAUUAUAAAAUUAUCUAUAAAUAAUGUGCUGAAACUAUGCGUAAUAUUGGAGAAAAGAGAAUUCAAAUAUAUGAUACUGAGUUAAAAAUGGAAGAUAUUUUACUUAAGGGAUACAAAAAGAAUGUUGAAAAAUUAAGAUAAGAUUUAACAGACAUUUAAGCUGAAAAUAAAAAUCUAGAAAAAUAGAGAAGAUGAUUAUUUAUUUAUUAAUUAUAGAA